UGUGUUAUCAUAAAAAAAUGUUACCAUAUGUUAAAAAACUAGUAAUAAAAUACAAACAGUCGGUAACAAAUACCGACAGAUUUUCUUAAGUUCUUUGAAACUCGCCAGAUAGCAUACAAAAUUUUACGAAGUGGUUUCAUGUAAAGAGCAUUGCUGUAUAUUGUUUGUAACCAUAAUAAACUUUAUAAAUAAUUUUUACAGUAUUUUACUAGUUAAAUAGUACUUGAUAUUCAAUAAAAAUGGUCAAACUUACUCCCGAGCUUAUACAACAAUCAAUGCAAUAUAUCAAUCCUGUGAGAGAUCGAGAGUUGGACCUCAGAGGAUACAAAAUACCUACAAUUGAAAAUCUUGGAGCAACUUUAGAUCAAUUUGAUACGAUCGAUUUUUCCGACAAUGAUAUUCGAAAGUUGGAUGGAUUUCCAUUUCUCAAACGAAUAAAAACGCUCUUUUUCAAUAAUAAUCGUAUUAUUAGAAUUGCUGAAGGUUUAGAACAUUGUAUUCCGAAUUUGGAAACUCUCAUGCUAACAGGAAAUAUGAUUCAAGAAUUAGGUGACUUGGAUCCAUUAAUUCCGCUUAAAAAUCUUCAAAGCCUAUGCCUUCUACAGAAUCCUGUGUCGGCUAAAUCACAGUAUAGACAAUAUGUUAUCUAUCGACUACCUCAAUUGAGAUUAUUAGAUUUCCGCAAAAUAAAGCAAAAAGAACGUGAAGAAGCUAUUGAAUACUUUAGAAGCAAAAGAGGCAAGGAAAUGGCUCGAGAAAUUGCCAAAAAAGCUAAACUUCAAGCUGCCAUGGGCAUUUCAGACAAACAAGUUAUGAAUUCUGAAGAAAAAAAUAAAAUUAGAGAUGCUAUUUCUCAAGCAUCGUCACUCGAUGAAAUUCGGAGACUUGGAAAAUUACUUCAAUCUGGGCAUAUUCCUGGAGAAGACCAAAAUCAGAAUGGAGCUAAUGGAAUGGAAGCCAUGGAAGAAGAUGAUGAUUGAGGAACUAACUCAAAUCAUUUAUUAUAAAUUAAAUGUAAUUAUUAUCGAAGUAAGUAUGGUCGUAAUGGGAGUUUACUAAAAUUUAGUAUAAGUUUUGUAUUAAAAUUUAUUAAGUUAAUAAGAAAACAUUACUACACUUAUGGUAUUAAACUACUUAAGAACAUAGAAAAAUUGAUGAUAAUACCGAUAUAAAGUAUCGAAAUUGCUUUAACUAUGUACGAUAGAUUGGUUUAUAAAAUAGUUGAUUUUCCAUUUCAAAAUGCCAUGAAGCGAUACAAUGUUUAGAUAUAUUUAUGAUGUAUUAUAUCUACUUAUUUCAGAGUCUAAGUAAUUGAUAUAACCAUCUAUUCAAAAUCAAGGAACUGUCAGGUCCAUUACUUCAUCCUACUGUUUUAUUUCAUAUUGAAAUUUAAUAAAAGAUUUUUUUCAUGAACAAA